UGUCCCUAGUUCUAACAACGUCAUCGGAGUUUCGCGAAGAUGUCUUCGCCGCGUCAGUUACCGUCUACUUCAAUGAAUUUAAUUAAAGAAUUAGAAAAACGUAGAGUAAAAGAUAAUCUUGAAAGAAAGCGAAUAAAAGAAGAUAUAAAAGCAAAGGAAACUCCUGAAGAAAAGCGUGCUCGUCGCCUUCGGGAAAAGGAUGCGAAAGAAAUGCGUAGGCGAGAACGAAUGGGCUGGGAUACAGAGUAUCAGCACUAUACCGAUCAGGACAAUCCAUUUGGAGAUUCCAAUUUAACUUCGACAUUUGUAUGGGCAAAGAAAUUGGAAAAAGAAGGCCUUCAAGAUGUGUCAAGCGAGACUGUUGAUAUACUAUCGAGACAAAAACUACACGAGAAUAAGCUCGAGCUUGAAAAAGUAAAAAAAAGGCGUAUGGAGCGGGAAUUAGAAAAACAAGCACGCGAAGACCAGUCGAUUUUGCAACAGCGAGCAAAAGAAGCUGCACAGUUUCAAGAAUGGGAGUUACAAGAAGACCAAUUUCAUUUGGAACAAGCUCUUCUGCAAAGUAUAAUUAGAAUACAAGAUGGACGAGCGAAGCCGAUUGAUUUAUUAGACCAGUACCUUUCCGGUUUUAAACCAGAAGAUACAAAUGAAAUACAAAUGCACGAAACAUAUGUCCUUUUGAAUGGCCUCAGUUAGAAAGAUCUCGAAGAUCUAUUGGUGGACAUAAAAAUCUACGUUGAAUUAGAUAAAGGGAACAAUAUUGAUUUUUGGAAUGAUAUGACUGUUAUUGUAGAGGACGAACUAUUUAAGCUUAAGAAAAGUGCAAAUAAUAAUCCAGAUUAUGAAAGUGGAUCAUGUUCUCGAAGAGAGGGUAUACAUGACUGCGUAGCAAAAGAUGUUGCUGAAAUUUUCCGUAAGAAAAAUACGAAGCAACUAAAUGAACUCCGUACAAAAAUAGAAAAUAAAAUAUUAUCAAGGUCAGACGGUGUAGACAUAAGUUAUUGGGAAAGUUUACUUUCUCAAUUAAAAGCACAUAUGGCUCGUGCCCGUUUGCGAGAUAAACAUCACGAGAACUUGCGUAAAAAACUGAAUAUUUUAAAAACUAAAGAUGAUGCCGAGCGUUCUGAUGUCCCGUCGACAUCUAAUAACGAAGAAACUAAUUCUACCUAUAUUGAGACAUUUGAUAAUGAUAAUAGGGAAUUCAAAAAUGAAUUAAACCUCUUACAGCGAUUUUUUGAUAUGUACGAAGAUGGAAAAUACAGUCCAACUUAUGUCCAAAACCUUGAUGAUGAAAAUGCUUUGCCAACUAUUACUGAGGAAGAUAGUUUUAGUGCUAUUGAAAAAUUGCGUGCAAAAGCGUCAGAAAGAAGUUCAAUAACGGAAGCAUUUACGGAAGAAGAAAGCCAUAUGCGUAACACCAUGCGUAAAGAAAUGGACAAAGACGAUGCCGAAUUUUCUGUAGAAGUACCUCUGGAGAUAGUUCAAAUAGCAUCCGACAAAUACAGACCUCGCAAACCUCGGUAUUUUAAUCGCGUGCAUACCGGUUUCGAAUGGAAUAAAUAUAAUCAAACUCAUUACGACAUGGAUAACCCUCCCCCCAAAAUAGUUCAAGGAUACAAAUUUAAUAUUUUUUAUCCGGACCUUAUCGAUAAAAAUACUACACCCCAAUAUUUUUUG